AUUCUGUGAAAAAUCAGUAAACAGACUUUAAAUUUGAGUUAAAUCAUAACUUUGAAUAAAAAGGAGUGCAAAAACUAGCUUUCCCGAUCCUCCCUGAACAUUGGGCGCUGCUGAAAUAAGCGUUUCCUACGCAUAGGUUGAAAAUAAGUUCUAUCUAGUCUUGUAGUUACUUUGGAGUAGUGAAUGAAAUGAUAAUUUUCCACAGGAGAUUUCGUUAUGUGAAAUAAUUUUAAUAAAAAUAUGAGUGAACGUAAGUUUGCCAGAGGUUUGAAUAAACCAGGAACAGCUGCCCAACUCAGAGAAACUGUAUCUCAAGUCGUCAGGGAAAGCACUGUACAGAUCAAGCCCCAGUUGGUGGAACCGUUGGAUUUCGAGAAUUUCCUGUUGAAGAACAAAACAGUGCUGCAGAAUGAUCCGCAGAGGGAGCUGCUUAUAUAUCCUUCCGAUGACAUAUCGCAAGUUGUUUUACCUCGGCGCUAUCGAACAAUCACUUCUAGCAUUCCAUCGAAAAGUGAGGUUGAAAACUGCAACCUUUUCACCAGGGAGUGCGUAAACACAUACUCCUCCAACUGGAACUUGGUACAUUAUAAAUACAAUGCAUACUCAGGAACGUAUGUAGAUCUUCCUAAGCUGCCCAACAAUAAAUUGAGGGAAGAGCAAUACGAAGUAGAUAUAGACAUGGAUGCAGUUGACGACGAAAAAUCGAACGUCGACAGUGUCACCAAAGAGGGUUACUUGAUGAAGGGGCCAGAAAUAGGAUCCGAAAAACACUUUGUUAAUUUAGGUUCGAAAAGUUUCAAACGUAGAUAUUGUUAUCUGAAGCAAGAAGUAGACGGUACCUACAUUUUAGUACUGUAUAAAGACGAGAGAAAAGUAGACGCAAAAAUUACCAUAGUGAUGGAUUUUUGUACAGAUGUGAUAAAGAACUCUAAAAGAGGUAGAUACUGCUUCGAAUUGAGAAUGUCUUCGGGACAUAAAUCAUACUUGUUAGCCGCUGAAUCGGAGGAGGAUUUCAAAGAUUGGCUCAGUAAACUCAAUUCGAUCUUACACCAUAAUAAAUUGCAAGAUGAAAAGAGGGCCGCAUCGUUAGAAAGAGAUCGUAAAUCUCCACCAUCUUCACCUCAAAUUCCCAUAUUUGGCACGCUGAAAGGUCUGGAACAAAGCAUGAAUCCGCAACUGAUCAAAUACGCAAGGGAAACGGAUAUGAGUAUAGCGUCGGCGCGCAAAGAAAACAGGGAGAAAUUGUUUCCGCUCUACCCCCAAUUGGCGAUCAACUUGAAACAGUCCAAUUCUAGUCAAAAUUCUGUCGAACCAUACAAGGAUAUUUUUGGGCACAGGGUACUUCUGAAGUGUGAAAAUAUCAAAUUCAAACUUCAGGCAGUGGACGAAAAGAACAACUUGAAUCAGGUGGAACCAUAUCAUACCUUCUUGUGUUUAUACGAUGCCAGGAGCGGCAGGAAAUUGACUGAAAAUUUUCAUUUCGACGUUAACAGCGGAAGUAUAAGGAGUGUAAUGAUGAGGGGAAGAUCGGAAGAUGAUUCCAAUUUGUUACCGAAUGAGGUUUCGUUUGAAUGGAUUGCACAUCCUCAGCAAGCACUGUUGAGCGUCACUAACCCCCAUCCCGAUAUUUUCUUGGUUGUGAGGAUCGAGAAAGUAUUGCAAGGGGGUAUUUACCAGAGUUCAGAGCCAUAUGUUAAAGCAAGUAAGGACCCAAAAAUUAGUCUUAAAACUUACAAAAAUAUAGCGGCAUCUUGUCAGAGAUUGGGAAAUUAUAGAAUGCCUUUUGCUUGGACUGCUAGACCAUUAUUUAGAUUGUAUAGUAAUGAAUUAGAUACCACUUCAGAUUUUCACGCCAUAUAUCGUCAAGAACCAAAUAAGCUGCAAGAUGAAGAGUUACUAAAAAUUUUAAUGGAAUACCGAAAACCGGAUAAGUUCAACAAAUUUACUGUGAUACCUGGAAGUCUCCAGAUUUCCAUUUCAGCUGUUACCGAACAGCCACAAAAUUCUCUGACAACCUCUCUAUCACCUCUAAAACCGUUUCCAAUACCGCCUGUGUCUGAACCCGUAAUCGAAAUAACAGAGUUUGGUGGUAGUUCUGAAAAAGAGGUUCACCCUUAUUCCUCCUUUGUAAAUCAUUUAUAUGUUUACCCAAUAACUUUGAAUUUUGAUACUCAGAAGACUUUUACAAGAGCACGAAAUAUUGCAUGCAUAGUUGAGUUAAGAGAUUCAGACAGUGAAGCUGCCACAGGACUAAAGUGUAUAUAUGGACGUCCUGGCCAAUCCCUCCUAGUAUCUUCCGCUUCUUGUUCAGUUAUUCAUCACAACACAACUCCGUUUUGGUAUGAAGAAGUGAAGAUUCGGUUACCAAUCAAAGUGUGUCCCUCGCAUCACCUAUUGUUUACUUUUUACCAUGUUUCCUGUGAUAUUACUAAGAAAAGAGAGAACGGUAUUGAAAAUUGUAUAGGAUACGCAUGGAUUCCCAUUUUACACAAAGGAAAGAUAAGUGUCGAUCUGCAAAAUUUACCUGUUGCUGCACAUUUACCUCCUGGUUAUUUGUCAAUUCAUCCAUUUGGAUUAGGAAAAGGGAAUGCUGGUCCUGAUAUCAAUUGGGUGGAAGGUCAAAAACCAAUUUUCUCAGUUAAUCUGAGCUUGAUAUCAACAGUUAUCACCAAAGAUCAGCAUCUGUUCAACUUCUUUGCUCUAGCAGAGAAAUUAAUUGAUACCAAACCUGCUGCCAUACCAUCUGAUAAUGAAACAACCAAAAUUCUCAAAGCACUUCACGCAAUUCAACUAUCUACCCUGAUAUCAUUCUUUCCAACCAUACUCAACCAAUUAUUCUACCUAUUGGUUCAUACAGGAAAUGAAGAAAUCAGUUUGAAUGUAAUAAGAGUGUUGAUAAACUUAGUACAUAUGAUUUACGAAGCGAAGAGGACAGACAUUCUCAAUAUUUAUGUGAAAUAUGUGUUUGUGAAUCCCUCAAUGAGUAAAAAUGCGAACGUGCACGAAGAACUUUGUAAAUAUUUACCGGUUAUUCUGGAUCCUGGUAAUACGGACUUCUUGGUUGUGAACAAAUUUAUGCAUCAUUCUAGUUUCUUUUUCGAUAUCAUCAUCAAGGGAAUGGCUCAACACUUGCUGACUUCGGGGAGGAUAAAGAUGCAUCGACAUGAGAGAUUUUCUGCUGAGUAUUUACAGAGAGUCGAAUCUUUAGUAAAUGUAGUUAUACCUUACAUACUUUGUAAUUAUAAGGAGAAAGAAGUGGAAACAAGGGAAUUAAAUAAAAGUUUGGCGAACUUUCUGAAGAGGUGUAUCUCUCUGAUUGAUCGUGGAUUCGUAUUCAAACUGAUAAAUAUGUAUAUGGAUAAAUAUAAUCCAGGCGAUCCUAGAAUUCUCCAAGAGUUCAAAUUCAGCUUUUUAGAAAUAAUUUGUUGCCAUGAACAUUACGUAGCCUUCAAUUUACCUAUUCAGCACACCAAACUAAGCCCGAAAAAUGGUCGUUCACCAACGCUUUCACAAGAAUAUACAUUAUCAGAGGAGUUUUGCAAGCACCACUUUGUGGUAGGUCUCCUACUUCAAGAAAUAAAGACGUCACUGAACGAAAUGAUACAUAUUCGUAAAAUAGCCUUGGCCACUCUUAGAGACCUCUUAGCCAAGCAUGAAAUGGACGAUAGGUUUGAGAGCAGAGGGCAAAUGAACAGAAUUGCCCUGAUUUAUGCUCCUUGGUUGAGUAUCGUACUUGAGAAUCUCCCUCGCGUCGACAUAAUGGAGAAAACUGAAGAUGGAAAUAUCAGUAUUGUUAAUAGAAUGUCUUCCAGUGGUUCUUUCAUGUUUGCCAAAAGCUCUGUUGCGAGUGAAUCGACUCCUAAAAGCCGCCAUAGAUUCACUUUACACGUCGAUAAGGACAGUCCGAUGCACUUUAGGAAUUCCGCUUUUUAUGACGCUAUUGCCGGACAGACUCUUAUUAAUGGUCAUUCGUUAAGCAUUGAUUCAGACAUAUCAACAAUGUCAGAUUCCCCAUCUGCAAUGUCGCAAGAGACAACAAUAGUGAAUGAAAGCAACAGAAAUGGAGAUACAAAAUCCCACAUAAGAUCAACAUCAAUGCAUGUUCACAGAUAUGACAAAUUCCAGGCGAUGGAAGUCAAAGAUCUGCUAGUAAUGUUCCUCUUCGUUGUGAAAUAUCUGAGUGAAGAGCAACUGAUCGCUUGGUGGCAACAGUCCACUGACAGUGAAGUUGUAAGUUUCUUUACAACCUUAGAGAUGAGCUUGAAUUUCUUCAAAUAUGUGGGGAAGAGGAAUAUAACUGUUGUAAAGUCUCAGUCAAUGGAUAACGUUAAGAAUAAAACGACAAAGGCUCAUACACUUCCUGCUAGAAUGAAUCCUUCUGAAAUGAAUCACGAGAAUACUGGUACUUUGGUAAUUCAUACUGUAAAUAGGGAAAAUAGGACAAGCUCAGAAGAUGAGGUUCUCAAACAACAACAAGCAAUCCUAGAGCAGCAUCUAGCUUCAGAAGUUGGGAUGGUUACGCUGGAUUGUAUGGGAUUAUACUCGAUGAAUUUCAAAAAAAGUUUGAUGGAAACCAAUGGGGAGAAUGAGCUGAUGAGAAAGUUCUUUGAUUUAUACUUAACGUUCUUACAACUUGGACAAAGUGAAACUUUAUUCAAACAUGUUUUCGCCGCAUUGAGAGCUUUCAUCAACAACUAUUCUAGUGUUUUAUUUCAAGGUAAUGCAACUCUAUGCGGGAGACUGUGCUAUGAGCUUCUGAAGUGCUGUAACAGUAGACUUGCUGGUAUUCGUCAAGAGUCUUGUGCCAUUUUAUACCUUCUGAUGAGAAGUAAUUUCGAGUUUACCGGCAGGAAAGGUUUGACAAGGGUCCAUUUGCAGUUGAUUAUUUCUGUAUCGCAAAUGUUAGGAAAUAUAAUUGGCCUGAACAAUGCAAGAUUUCAAGAGAGUUUGUCUUUGAUUAACAGCUAUGCUUCCAGUGACAAGGCCAUGAAGGGAACAGGUUUUCCAAACGAAGUGAAAGAUUUGACAAAACGGAUAAGAACAGUUUUGAUGGCGACUGUGCAAAUGAAGGAUCUUCAUCAUGAUCCAGAAAUGCUUGUUGAUUUACAACACAGCCUGGCAAAUUCGUAUGCAUCUACUCCGGAACUGAGACAUACUUGGUUGGAUAAUAUGAUUAAAAAUCAUGUUAGAGAUGGAAACUUUUCAGAGGCGGCAUGUUGCCAAUUACAUAUUGCAGCUUUGAUGGCUGAAUAUUUGAAACUAAAAAAGAUACAAACAUGGGGAGCAGAGGCUUUCGAUAAAAUCUCCAGUAAUAUCUCGAAAGAUGAGAAAGGUUUGAAGUUGGAUGCAGGUGUUCAAGAUAUUCAAUACACAGAGUUUGUCUUGUUAGACCAAUUAGAAGCAUGUGUAGAGUAUAUCAAUAAGGCGGAAAGAUAUGAAAUUAUGGGUGAACUGUACAAACUGAUUUUACCGAUGUAUGAGAAACAGAGAAACUACGAACUAUUGAAAAAUGCUCAUACGACUCUUGCCCAGAACUAUGAAAAAAUAAUAGAGACCAACAGAUCGGGCAAAAGGUUAUUAGGGAGGUACUACAGGAUUGUAUUCUACGGUCAAGGGUUUUUCGAAGAAGAUAGCGCGAAGGAGUUCGUAUACAAAGAGCCUAAGGUGACCUCUUUGAGUGAAAUUACGGAGCGACUUCAAAAACAAUUUUCCGAUAAGUUUGGCAGCGAGAAUGUGAAAAUGAUACAAGACUCUGCACCGGUGAAUCAGAAAGAAUUAGAUCCGAAGCUGGCAUACAUCCAAGUAACGCAUGUCACGCCUUAUUUUGAAAAGGAACAAUUGGAGGAACGACAAACCGAGUUUGAACAAAACAAUGACAUCAGUUGUUUCAUGUUCGAGACGCCAUUCACUAAGGAUGGUAAAGCCAGGGGAAGUCCUGAAGAGCAGUGGAAAAGGAGGACGAUUCUUGAAACUGCAUAUUCUUUUCCUUAUGUCAAAAAAAGAAUUCAGGUGAAGUCGAAAAGAUUCAUCGAACUUAGUCCUAUAGAAGUUGCCAUAGAUGAGAUGCAAACCAGAGUGGCUGAGCUUGAAGAAGUGGUUUUCACUCGCCCAACAGAUGCGAAAAAAUUGCAGUUACGUUUACAGGGAAGUGUUUGCGUCCAGGUUAACGCAGGGCCUUUGGCUUAUGCAACAGUAUUCCUAAGUACAAACUCUUUGUCUAUUUAUCCAGAGGACAAAGUCGAAGAGCUCAAGGAUAUCUAUCGGGAAUUUUUGAAGAUUUGCUACUCAGCACUACAAAUCAACAGCAAACUGAUCACAGCAGAACAACACACCUAUCAAGAACAUUUACGGGAAAAUUACAAACAAUUAUGUUCGUCCCUUUCUGAACUUUUCAAAGAACCUCUUUGGCCCCAUGAUGAUACCGGAAGCUUUAAGAGGAACAGUAUGGCACUUUUCAGCUCCAUAAGUGGCGCUUCUCAAAAUUCCAGUACAGCAUGAUUAAAGAUAGGAAAAAAGUGUCUUGCCAUAAAUAAGGAGGAAGUAUUCCAAUGUGAAAUUGAGAACAUUUUCCAAUUUGUUUUUGAAAUUAUCCCUCAGUUUUUCAAUUAUAAAAUAUUCUCAACGUAGAAGUAACUCUUAUUUACUCGAUGGAAACCCAACCAAACAAUGUCUGGAUCUUAUAAGUAUGAUUCAUGUUUGAAAUUAACCACCUUGUUUAGGUAUCCAUCUGUAUAUGUAUUGAUUAAUAUAUACUUUGUGCAAAACAUGAUUAUUGAGGGCAUUCAAACAGUAAAUUAGAUGUUCCCAAGAGAAUUUUAUGAAAAUUCUUAAUAUAAUUUUAUUUGUGAUUAGGAUGAGAUUUAAUUAAAAUGAAAACUGACUAGGUAGAGAAUGUGUCCAUUGUUGUUGUUCUGUCCAGAAUGUACCUAUUGAAAUUCUAUUAGUUGCCAUUUUAUAUUUUGGAAUACUACCUAUAUCCUAAAUUAGUUUUCAUUCAGUUGAAUUAUGCCAUUUUAUAAAUUAUGUAUUAUAUUUGUUCAAAUUUUAUUAUUGUUACAAUAUAUAUAACGAAAUAUUCAGUCAAUAAUAAUGUGUGUCGAUAAACAUCACUUCUAGUUAACAUUCAUAAGUGAAUUUUGUAGAUUUUAGUAUUUGAUACAAUAUUUCUACUUUUAUACAAAUCUAUUGAUUCUCUAUUUGCCCAAAAAUGGGGUGUUUCCACAAGAAUAAAACUAUGCUGAUUUAGGUUUUCUAUAAUUUGAAUCAAAAUUCCAAGCGACACUAGGCAAUUUUUUUGAGUUCAGCUAACGAUUCGUCAUAAUUUGCAACUUCGAUAAUAGUUCAGAGAAGCAACUUUUUGUUAAUAUAAUCUAUGUCUUCGUCUACUUCCUACAUCAAUGAUCAUAUUGCUAACAUAAGAGACUAUGUGACAUUUGAAGGAGUGAAAAUUCUAUUUUUAUAUUUUAUUUAAUUGAUUUUUAUAUUAAAUUAUUGUACCUACUUAGAUUCAUGACAUUUGAAAUGAAUAUUUUAGGUUAAUCGAGACAAUAUUAUUUUGUCAGCAUUCCAGUGGAAAAGAUCCUUUUAUGUUAAUUUGCUCAUUACUUGCAACAGAAUUAUUUCUCUUCAUUCCUCUCUAUCACUGUAAUAUUUUAUUUAUGUAUUCUACUGUUAAUUUGAUCGAUAUUAUGUGCAUUAUUGUUGAUAUCAAUGUUUUUGUGUGGGCUGUGAGAAUAAAAAAUGUUACAUGUC